AUGCCUUCCUUGCGCCGUUCGCAUUCACCCUCGCCACAGAAGCGCAGACGAUCGCGCGAACGUGAUGAUGACAGUGAUCGCCGUCGCUACGAACGCUCUCACAAGAGAGAGCGUGAGGAUCGAGAUCGCGAACGCCGUGAGGAGCGCACUCGCGACCGAGAGCGCGACCGCCGGCGGGGCAGGGACGACCGCAACGAUCACGACGAGUCGGGCCAGAGGGACAGGGAGCGCGAUAGGCGCGACCGCCGUGAGGGUAGUCGCGAGCGUCCGCGCCGUGACAGCUAUGGCAAGGCUGAGUCAUCUCGCCGCCGUCGAGAGCGUUUGGCGAGCGAGUCGUCCGAUGACCUAUUUGACCUCGAGGACCUCGGCGUAGAGCGCAUCACGGAAGAGGAUUACUUUCUCAAAGCCGGCGAGUUUCGUUUCUGGCUCAAGGAGGAGCGCGGCAAGUAUCUUGACCAGCUCUCCUCCGCCGACGCCCACAAGUACUUCCGCCGCUUCGUGCGACGCUGGAACGACGGCGCGCUCCCUCGCGUGUGUUACGCGACUCACGAGACCUCGGGCUCCCGGGCGUCUAACAACACUGCAUACAAGUGGAGGUUCACCGCGAGCUCGCGAUUCAACUCGGUCGAGCUGGCUGCUGCGCGCGAAUCCGUCGACCGUGCGACGCACUCCAAGCUUCGCCAUGUCGAUAAUGAGAUGGGAGCUGGCGAUGAUAGCGACGGAGACAUAGGUCCAGUUCCCGAACUAGCCUCCCCGUCCCCUGGACCGCAGCUCGUAGGACCGUCUGUCGGUCCAAGUGCUCCGACUGUCGCUGAGCGCCAGAUGGCGCGUGAGGUGCAGGCCGAUAGCGAGCGCAUGGAGCGCAAUGCUGAACGUCGCGCUGGUCGAAAGGUUGUUAUGGAGCGCGCAGAGGAGCUCGCACCGCGCCAGACGGGGAAGGAGGGGCGGCAGGCCGAGAAGCGCGCGACCAACCAGCAGAACAAACAGAUGCGCGAGAAGGAUGAUGCAGCCGGCCUCGAGGUCGAUGACGGCACGCUUAUGGGCGACGAUAGCAGUUUCGCUGCUGCUAUCCGUGCAAGGGACGGUACUUCUUCGCGACACGCAGACAGGAAGGCGGAGGAAGCCGCAGAGCGGCGUGCUGCGAACGAGGAACGCCUCGUCGAGCGCCGUCAGAAGGAUUCGGAGACCAUGGAUAUGCUCAAAGCUAUGGCACGGCAGCGGUAUGGCGCAUGA